AUGCACGAUGAUGACGAGGCAGCACUUGACAUUCGAACAGACUCAAAUAAUACACGUUCAACGGACAAUAAUACUGUAAAAACACUUCAUGGUCAAGUUCAAGAAGUUGUUGGUGUUAUGAAAGACAAUAUCGAUAAAUUAUUAGAUCGUGAUGUUGCAUUAAAUAAUCUUGUAACACGUACUGAUGAUCUUCAAUCAUCAGCUACAACAUAUAAUCGAACAGCAAAACAAUUAAAAAGAAAAUAUUGGUGGAAAAAUACAAAAACAAAUAUAUGCAUUGGUGGUAUUGUUAUCACAGUUGUACUCAUCAUUAUAAGUGAGUUAUUUUUUGUCUCAUUACUGAAAAAUUUUAAUGGAACUACAAGAAUUUAUAGAAUUUCAGCAGCAACAUAA